CCUCCCUCUCAAUCUCUCAUUGUCCUUAGCCACACACAGCACCAGAGUACGUGUCCGCUUUUCGUUUAGAAGGAAGAUGUUGGGCGUGAGAAACCUGGCCGGGGCAGGGGGGCUCAAGGGCACCGUGGUCCUCAUCCCUAAGAAGGCGGUCGAGUACAACGACUUCCAGGGCACCGUCAUGGGCGGCGGCACCGACACCGAGCUCUUCGGCGGCAGAGUCACCUGUCAGCUCAUCAGCUCCACGCUCCGUGGCCGCACUGCAGGCAACGCGAGCCGCGGGAAGGUGGGCAAGGAGGCAAACCUGGAGCCGUGUCUCGUGAAGAAGAGCCUGCUGGGCGUCCCGACGGGCGAGCAGAAGUUCGAGGUGACGUUCAACUGGUCAAUGGAUCUGGGCGUGCCGGGCGCGAUCAUCGUCAAGAACAAUGACGAGAAGGAGUUCUUCCUCAAGACCAUCACCCUGGACAACGUGCCCGGCCACGGGGCCGUCGUCUUCAUCGCCAACUCCUGGGUCUACCCGCAGGCCAAGUACAGCUACAACCGCGUCUUCUUCACCAACGACACGUACCUGCCGCACCAGAUGCCGGCGGCGCUCAAGCCGUACCGCGACGACGAGCUCCGGAACCUGAGGGGCGACGAGCAGCAGGGGCCCUACGAGGUACACGACCGCGUCUACCGCUACGACGUCUACAACGACCUCGGCGACGCCCGCGACGUCCUCGGCGGCUCCACGGACCUCCCCUACCCUCGCCGCGGCCGCACCGGCCGGAAGCCCUCACCCAACAAGCCUGACCACGAGAGCCAGGGGAACGUGUACGUGCCAUGCGACGAGCAGUUCGGGCACAUCAAGGAGUCCGACUUCCGGGAGUACGCACUGAAGGCGCUGGUGCACGGGAUCAUACCGAUCCUCCGCGAGUUCUGCGACAAGGACGACACACCCGGCGAGUUCGACUCCUUCGCCGACGUCCUCAAGAUCUACAAGGACGGCAUCAAGCUGCCCAACAUCCGGGGCAAAGAGCGCAGUAGCCUCCCGCCCCAGCUCGUCAAGGACAUCAUCACCCCCAUGGGCAUGGGCGACAACCUUUGGUCCCUCUUCAAGCUCCCCAGGCCGCACAUCAUCAACAAGGACGAGAAAGCAUGGAUGACUGACGAUGAGUUCGCGAGGGAGAUGCUGGCCGGUGUCAACCCCCUGAUGAUCAAACGCCUCACGGAGUUCCCUCCCAAGAGCAGUCUAGAUCCUAGCAAGUACGGCGACCACACCAGCACCAUCACCGAGGCGCACAUCGCCGAGCGCCUCGAGGGCCUCACCGUGCACCAGGCGCUCGCCAGCAACAGGCUCUACAUCGUGGACCAGCACGACAACCUGAUGCCGUUCCUCAUCGACAUCAACAAUCUCAGCAACAGCUUCGUGUACGCGACCAGGACCCUGCUCUUCCUGCGAGGGGACGGCACGCUCACCCCGGUCGCCAUCGAGCUCAGCUCGCCCCUGCUCCAGGGCGACCUGACAACCGCCGAGAGCACCGUGUACACGCCGGAGGACGCCGGCGUCGAGGGCUGGAUAUGGCAGCUCGCCAAGGCCUACGUCUCCGUGAACGACUACGGCUGGCACCAGCUGAUCAGCCACUGGCUCAACACGCACGCGGUCAUGGAGCCCUUCGUCAUCGCCACCAACAGGCAGCUCAGCGUGACCCACCCGGUGCACAAGCUCCUGCACCUGCACUACCGCGACACCAUGAACAUCAACUCGCGGGCUCGGGGGAUGCUCAUCAACGCCGACGGCGUCAUCGAGAAGACCGUGUUCCCGGGCAAGCACGCUAUGCCCAUGUCUUCCAUGGUCUACAAGAACUGGAACUUCACGGAACAAGCUCUGCCCGACGAUCUAAUCAAGAGGGGCAUGGCAGUGGAGGACCCAUCGAGCCCACACAAGGUGCGGCUGCUGAUCGAGGACUACCCGUACGCGGCGGACGGGCUGGCCGUGUGGCACGCGAUCGAGCAGUGGGUAGCAGACUACCUGACCAUCUAUUACCCCGACGACGGCGUGCUGCAGGGCGACGUGGAGCUGCAGGCGUGGUGGAAGGAGGUGCGGGAGGUCGGGCACGGCGACCUCAAGGAUGCGGCGUGGUGGCCCGAGAUGCAGACAGUGGCGGAGCUGAUCAAAUCCUGCGCCACCAUCAUCUGGAUAGGGUCGGCGCUCCACGCGGCCGUCAACUUCGGGCAGUACGCCUACUCAGGCUACCACCCCAACAAGCCGUCGAUGAGCCGGCGGCCGAUGCCGGUGCCGGGCAGCAAGGAGUACGCGGAGCUGAGCAGCGACCCGGAGCGGGCGUACAUCCACACCAUCACCAGCCUGUUCCAGGCCCUGGUGGGCAUCUCGCUGAUGGAGAUCCUCUCCAAGCACUCCUCCGACGAGGUGUACCUGGGCCAGCACGACACGCCGGAAUGGACGUCGGACGCCAAGGCGCUGGAGGCGUUCAAGCGGUUUGGGGCGAGACUGGUGGGCAUUGAGAAGCAGGUGAUGGACAUGAACGAGGACACGCGGCUGAAGAACCGCAUCGGGCCGGCCAAGUUCCCCUACAUGUUGCUUUUCCCCAACACCUCCGACCACACCGGCGAGGCCGAGGGGCUCUCGGCCAAGGGCAUCCCCAACAGCAUCUCCAUCUGAAUAACUAGUGAGGGAGUGCUGCCGGUGCAUGCUUGCCAUGCAUGACCUCAAUAAGGCAAUAACCUCCGGUAUUGCUAUGGCCUUCAGUUUGGGCCUUUUAAGCUCCUCUGUAACCUCUCUUUUUUUGUCUAGGUUCAAAUUUCCCAAAUAGAAUCCGACCUUUUCUAAUAAUAAAAAUAUGAGGUCCCUCUUUGAUAUCA